GCAACUCUUUCUGGAAUAGUCUUUCCUUACACUCGCAGACUCGUAAGUUCUUCAGUUAUCAGUUACCACGUGUUUUGCCGGCACCUACUUCUGCUCACUCGACGAACGUUUUAACAAAAAAAUGUUGCAAGCAGCCAGGUUAUUAACCCGUCCCUCACAGUUUUGUGCGAAACAGAACUCCCGUUCCUUCUGGGAGUUGCAAAGAAGAUUCAAAUCUGAUGGAGUUAAAGGACCAGUUAUUGGUAUUGAUUUGGGAACAACCAAUUCAUGUGUUGCCAUCAUGGAAGGCCAGACACCUAAAGUGAUUGAAAAUGCAGAGGGAUCUAGAACAACACCGUCAGUCAUUGCCUUCACAAAAGAUGGGGAACGCCUUGCUGGUAUGCCUGCAAAACGCCAAGCAGUGACCAAUGCUCAAAACACACUUUAUGCCACCAAACGUCUGAUUGGCCGUAAAUUUGAAGACCCUGAAGUAAAAAAGGAUAUGAAAACUGUGGCGUACAAAAUUGUGCGUGCCUCAAACGGAGACGCCUGGGUAGAGGCUCAAGGGAAGUUGUAUUCGCCAUCUCAGAUCGGAGCUUUUGUUCUCACCAAGAUGAAGGAAACCGCCGAGGCCUAUUUGGGUACCCCAAUUAAGAAUGCUGUUGUUACUGUUCCUGCUUAUUUCAACGAUUCUCAGCGACAGGCCACAAAAGAUGCUGGUCAAAUUUCUGGCCUCAACGUUUUACGCGUUAUCAACGAGCCAACUGCAGCUGCACUUGCUUACGGAAUGGACAAGUCAGAAGACAAAAUCAUUGCUGUGUACGAUUUGGGUGGCGGAACUUUUGAUAUUUCCAUCUUGGAAAUCCAGAAAGGUGUCUUUGAAGUCAAGUCGACAAAUGGUGACACCUUUUUGGGCGGAGAGGACUUCGACAAUGCACUACUGAACUUCCUUAUUAACGAGUUCAAACGUGACCAGGGUCUUGACAUCACCAAAGAUCCGAUGGCAAUGCAACGAGUCAAAGAGGCUGCCGAGAAAGCCAAGAUUGAGCUAUCGUCGUCUAUGCAAACCGACAUCAACUUGCCUUAUUUGACGAUGGACGCGUCUGGACCCAAACACAUGAACUUGAAGAUGUCUCGCUCUAAGCUAGAGAGCUUAGUUGGAGAUUUGAUUAAAAGAACCGUUGCCCCGUGCCAGAAAGCUUUGAAAGAUGCUGAAGUCAACAAAAACGAUAUUGGAGAUGUUCUUCUUGUCGGAGGCAUGACUCGUAUGCCUAAAGUCCAAGAAACCGUCAAAGAAAUUUUCGGACGCGUUCCAAGUAAAGCUGUGAAUCCUGAUGAAGCAGUAGCAGUUGGUGCAGCUAUUCAAGGUGGCGUCCUCUCUGGUGGUGUUACCGAUAUUCUUCUACUCGACGUCACUCCGUUGAGUUUGGGCAUUGAGACAUUAGGCGGAGUCUUCACCAAACUAAUCCAACGUAACACAACCAUUCCCACGAAAAAAUCUCAAGUAUUCAGCACAGCAGCCGAUGGCCAGACCCAAGUGGAAAUCAAGGUACACCAAGGAGAGCGCGAGAUGGCAGCUGACAACAAAAUCCUCGGACAGUUUUCCCUUAUUGGAAUCCCACCCGCUCCUCGCGGUGUCCCCCAAAUUGAGGUCACAUUCGACAUUGAUGCCAACGGUAUCGUCCACGUUUCCGCCCGUGACAAGGGUACUGGCAAAGAGCAGCAGAUUGUUAUUCAAUCCAGCGGCGGUUUGUCAAAAGAUGAAAUUGAGAACAUGGUUCGAAAUGCCGAACAGUUCGCCAAAGAAGAUCAAGUCAAACGUGACCGUGUCGAGGCUGUGAAUCACGCCGAAGGAAUCGUUCACGAUACAGAGUCUAAGAUGGAAGAAUUCAAAGAACAGCUUCCGGCCGAAGAAUGCACAAAGCUGAAGGAUCAGAUCGCAACUGUCCGAGAAAUGUUGGUGAACAAAGACUCUAAAACCCCUGAAGAGAUCAAGAAGACAACCAACGAUCUCCAGCAGGCGUCCUUGAAACUCUUCGAGAUGGCUUACAAGAAAAUGGCUGCAGAUCGCGAAAGCAGUGGUGGAAGUAGCAGUAGCAGUGGCAGUGGCGACAGCACAGGAAGUAGUAGCGAAAAGAAGGAGGAGAAAUAAAUAGGUCGUGUUACAAUUAUUUUCAAAAGUAAAACUUAUGUUACAAUAAACAAUUAAAACCUGUACGCGCGUUUAGAAUAGACUGUCGGCGGAAAAUGAACUUAUUUUCGUGCGAUGACUCGACAUUUAUGCUAUUUCGUCGGCGGCCAUGACCGGGUAGAAAAUGCACGCAACAUUUUUAAAAACGGGAAAUCCAAUAAAUGGGGGGACGCUGUCGUUGGCCGCACGAAAAUUAGUUCAUUUUCUUUCGAAUAGUCUACUGUCAGUAUAAUUUAAAAGAUUUUUUUCAUAUGGAACAGAUUUUUUAAAACGAACUUUCGUGAUAUUCAUGAAUGUUCCGUAAACAUCACUUGACAUUUUUCACCUUGGAAGACAUUGAUCAUGUUCAGUGUUCACACAUGAACCAUUUUGAUGUUUUUUGUGUUGAAAAAGUAUCAGUGGAUGGAAUUUAAAGAAAUUAAGUUUAAUCCAUUUUAAACAUCUUUUUCGUUAUAUUGACAAGUAUUCGGGUUACCGUUUGAGCGAAAUUUCUCUGUAUCGCUCUACGCGUUGAUCGUCUAGAAUUGCAAAGUUAAGAUGAUAUUUUUCACAAGUGCUCAUUCAUUGUGUUGUUCUUCGUUCCCGCGGAGAUUUGUUACGAACUCUUUUGUGGUCGUCAGCAAGCACUUGUGGAUAAUUUCAACUUCUCACAAAUAUAUUGUAACCAAUCAGUCAACUGAGUGUAGUCAUAAUCUGGUACCAUGCCGUAGUUCCAACCAACCGUCAACCGAUAAAUAGACCAAAUUUUUUUGUA